UGGAUGGGGAAAGGAUUAACAAGCACAUAUUAAUUAUGCACGGGAAUGGGGCAAUUUAGCUGGAUCCCUGGAUGGAAAUUGUGGCGUUUCUACUCCCUUUCCCUUUGUUUCUAUUUCCCCCCCUCCCUCCUCUGCUAUUUCCCCUUGUUUCUUUCCAUUGCCGUGGAGAACCAUAGCUCUGGUUCAUCAAUACAUGGCUGGCGGGAUCCAUCAGUUCAAAAAAUGGAUGAUUACAUCGUCCAGUUGGAUGGCGGAGGUCACUGUGUACACAAGUCUGCCGGCAAACGUUCCCUCAAAUUUGACCUCAACAUAGAGUAUACCGGCAACGACGACGAUCUCUUAAAACUUGGGCAAUCCAGCUACGACUCUUACCAACAUCCUGAAGAUCUGGAUGAUCCGGCCUCCGUGGAGCAUGCGCCUGAUAUCGUCGUUGCGAAUGUCGAGCCCGUUGGAGUCGUGGAGGAACAAUAAAAUUGUCUCAAUAAAAAUAUAUACUUAUGUGGAUCUCGACUUUUCAAUUCAAUAAGUACCACUGUAGUGGUAUUUUUCAUCAUUGAAGUGAUAGUGCAAUAAGUACCACUGUAGUGGUAUUUUUCAUCAAUGGUAUUCUUUUACAAUUUAUUGUACAAUUCCAAACAGCUCUUCUGAUACAAUUUUGUUAUAAACUCAGGUGUGGUUGGCACCGUGGUCCCAGAAGACGAGUCAACAUGGAAGCAUUUGCGUUUUGAGGACAAGGAUGAAUUUAUUAGGUUCUACAAGAAUUUUGCUCAUGGAAGAGGCUUCUCAGUUAGAAAGACUGGUGCAAUUUACAAGAGAAGAUCAUACUUUCCACAUCCAUUUAUAUUUUACUUUGGAGGGAGGUGCAGCAAAGGGGGCUACAAAGAAGGCAGCAUAUUGGAUCCUAAAAAUAAAGAAGAUGUCGUGGAUUAUGACAGUGAUAAUGAAAGGGAUAGGGGUGAGGCUCGUAUUGGUUGCAAAGCAAUUGCAAUGUGCAGGUAUGAGCACAGCACCAGAAAUUAAAGAAUUUAUAAAUGGACGGAUGUCCACGACCAUGAGUUACAUGAUGAGGCCUCACGACGAUUCUUACGCUCGAAUCGGGAAGUAACUGCUGAAUAUGCUUUUUUGCAAAAAUAAAUGAUGCUGCUGGGAUUCCGGCUUCGAAUACUUUUGAUUCAUUUGCUGCUGCGGCAGGAGGUAAGGAAAAUUUGCCUUUUAUUCAAACGGACUUGAAGAACUAUAUCCAAAAGACAAGGAAAAAGCCUUUCACCCGGGGCGAGGCUAACAUGUUUCAUCAGUAUUUCAAGAGCAAGGCUAAAUGUGACCCGUCCUAUUUCAGCGAGAUGCAAGUUGAUGAGAAAGAUGAGAUUUCAACCAUUUUUUUCGCUGACGGUAAAAUGAGGUUUGAUUACGAGUGUUUUGGGGAUGCAAGCAGUUUUGACACGACGUAUCGUACCAACAAUGGAUGCAGACCAUUAGGUACGUUAAUCAGUGUUACCAACUAUCAAAGUACUGAUACAUUUCAUUGUUUUGGUAGUUGUCAUCUGAUAUUUGUGAUACAUGUCCAUUGUUACAGCUUUAUUUGUCGGCUUUAAUAAUCACAGAGAGCUGUGCAUUUUUGGUGUGGGCCUGAUGUGCGAGGAAACAGCAGAAAAAUUCUCAUGGCUUUUCCAACAAUUCCUUAAGUGUAUGUCUGAUAAGCAACCGGUUUCUAUAUUCACCGACCAGGCCAAAGCAAUAGCGGUAGCAAUAAAGAAACAUUUCUGUGAUUCAUUCCAUGGUCUUUGCACCUGGCAUAUUCAUCAAAAUGGGAUGGUUCAACUUACCCCUGCACUUUACAACUCUGGAGUAAGGCAAGAGAUUCAAAUCUUGAUGUAUAACGUUGACACGGAGGAUGAGUUCGAUCAUGUAUGGACCAGAAAUGAUCGAAACUUUUUUCAAGGGAAAGGUCCAGACGGACAUCGCUGGUUAGCGAAGCUACGUAAACACAGGUUUGUUUGUCCUUUUUUAAUUGUUUUGUUUUCAUUGGGUUAUCAUAUAAGUACCACUCCAGUGAUACUUUGUAGUGUUGUAUCAUGCUGACUAUAAAUGUACCACUCCAGUGAUACAAUGGACAUGUAUCUCAUUCCAUUUGUUCAUUGGGUUAUCAUAUAAGUACCACUUCAGUGAUACUUUGUAGUGUUGUAUCAUAUAAGUACCACUCCAGUGAUACAAUGGACAUGUAUCUCAUUCCAUUUGUUCAUUGGGUUAUCAUAUAAGUACCACUCCAGUGAUACUUUGUAGUUUCUACCACUAACUGUAUACUUUGUACCAUAUUUCACCAUUGCAGGCACAAAUGGUCUAGGCUGGGUCUGCGAGAGCAUAGAACAAAUGGAAUGAGAAGCU